CUUCCGUAGUGAGUGAAAGCGGAGCAGAGAAACCUGCCGGAGAGAGGAAGAGGAGCAUCCCUCCAUCCUUCCUUCGCUUUCUUUUUUAUUACCUUGACCGACCCCCCCCCCCCAAAAAAAAAAAAAAACACCAAACAAACACCACCAAAUGACGGCAAAACCAUGAGGACGUCGCCUCUCUACUCGCCUCCUUUUCGCUUGAACGGCGUCGACGCGGCGGAUACGGUUGACGCUAGCUAAACAACACGGUGCUUUUUUUAAAUUUAUUUAAUUUCCACACAUUUCACCCCAACCCCUAAUUUUUCCAUAAUCGGCGAGUACAUAUCCGUCUGUAUUGGGUGGAGAAUUGACUUUUGAAUAAUAAUAAUAAUAAAUUAUUAUUAUUAUUGUUAUUUCUUUCAUUCUCUAAUACGAUGUGCUGCCAAGAAGACAAAAAGAUGCAAGUAUCUGCCUGACAAAAUCAAGGUGCCUGAGACCACCAUUCAGGAGGUCCAUGUCACCAAGAUCCCAGACGGCAUCCGUCACGAACAGGAUGACUUUUUGUCGGGAGCCUGUGACGAUGUUUUGAUUCACCUGAUUGGCCGCCCGCCGGCUGCCGUUGGAGCAUGAGCACAUAUCACAUUGCCUUAGAUCUGAGCUAACGCUCAUUAUCAUUAUCUGAGCGCUCUCCGGGUUGAAGUCCGUCUCGGAUCAAUUCUGAUGAAGUUUUAGAUCCGCGGUCAUGCGGGGAAGCAUCGGGACCAAAAUGGAAGCUCGAAAUAUCAUUGGAGCCCUUCUGUCCCUCCCAGAGAGCCCAUGACCAAUGCAGAGAGAACAGUUUGUGGCGAACUGCAUGCGCUUUAGUGUUUUACUACAUUGGGAUAUCGACUACGAGGCUGUCGCGAUGAGCGCAUGAUUGCAGCCGCGCCACGCCAUCUUCGUCGUGGCCGGCGGUCGCCCGCCGCUCGUCGUCCUCGGCCAUGACCCGGCUGAUGUUGGGCCGAACUCUGGAGCGCAUCUGCAAGGGCGUCCUGUUCCUCUGCCUGCUCCACUUCCUCAUCAUGAUGAUCCUCUACUUCGACGUCUACUCGCAGCGCUUCGACCUGUUCAGCCGCUUCAACAACGGCCGCAACGGCUCCCGGAACAAUGGCAGCGGACAUCAUUUUUACUUUUACAACAUCUCCAGGCUCAACGCCACUGCGGCUAGUUACCUGGCCACGGGCGAGCAGGUGGGGCCCACCGUUCAGCCCCUUUCCAAUCGGACGCCUUCGCCUAAGUCCCUGCCGCCAUGUCCUGAAACCCCGCCUGGUUUGGUGGGCCGCCUGUUGAUCGAGUUCAGCUCCCAGAUGACAAUGGAGCGCGUGCAGCGAGAGAACCCCAACGUGACGGAGGGAGGCCGCUACAUGCCCCCUGACUGUCGGCCUCGAUGGAAGGUGGCCAUCAUUAUCCCGUUCCGUCACCGGGAAAACCACCUGAAGUAUUGGCUUCACUACCUCCACCCCAUCCUGAGACGUCAGAGGAUUGACUACGGCAUCUACAUCAUCAAUCAGUUGGGCGAGGACACGUUCAACCGCGCCAAGCUGCUGAACGUUGGCUACGCGGAGGCGCUAAAGGACGGCGACUACAACUGCUUCAUUUUCAGCGAUGUGGACCUGAUCCCCAUGGACGACCGCAAUCUGUAUCACUGUUACGAGCAGCCUCGACACUUCGCCAUUGCCAUGGACAAGUUUGGCUUCAGGCUGCCCUAUGCGGGUUACUUCGGGGGCGUGUCGGGCCUCAGUAAAAAACAGUUCUUGAAGAUCAACGGCUUCCCCAACGAGUACUGGGGUUGGGGAGGAGAGGAUGACGAUAUCUACAACAGGAUCACUCUGAACGGGAUGAAGGUGUCCAGACCGGACGUGCGCAUCGGCCGCUACCGAAUGAUUAAACACGAGAGAGACAAACACAACGAGCCCAACCCUCAAAGAUUCAAUAAAAUCCAGAACACCAAGAACACCAUGAAGAAGGACGGCAUCAGCUCACUCACCUACCGAGUGGUGCAGAUGAAAAGGUACCCGCUGUACACUAACGUUUCAGUCGAGAUCGGCAAAGCGCCACCGCGGCCUUUCAAGGGAUAG